AUGGUGGAGGGCGGCGCCGUACGCCGGCAAAAGUUCUUCAAAAUCCUCCUGCCGGGCUCCUUCGAGUCCAGCCUGUCCCUGCCGCCCAAGUUCGCGGCGCGCCUCGACCGCCCGCCGGUGCUCGCCGUCGCCACGCUGCGCGACCCCGCUGGACGGUCGUGGCACGUGGGCCUCGUCCGGCACGGCGCCGCGGGCCUGCGCUUCGACGGGAAGGGGUGGCGCAGCUUCGUCGCCGGCUGCGGCCUCUCCGCCGGCCAGCUCCUCGUCUUCGACCACCUCGACGACCUCGACUUCGCCGUCGAGCCCUUCGACACGUCCGGCUGCAGCACCUCCUUCUUCGACGGCCAGCGUGGCGGCCCAAUGAUGAACUUCGACGACGACGCCGACGUGGAGUCCGGCAGCGACGACAACCACCACCACGACGGGUCCCCCUCCCGGUCGCCACUGCCGGCGGCCGGCACAAAGAGGAAGAAGCUCUCGCCGGCCACCGCCUCGCCCGCCGGCUCCUGCGGUCCGUCGUCGUCGGACGAUGGGGCGCUCCGGCUGGGCAUCGAGCAGCCGUUCCAUCUCCAGUACAUGGAGCUGACCAAGGCCUUCUGUGCCCGCGUGGGAUGGGCCGAGUCGUGCACCGCCGAGCUGACCGUGGCCGGCCGCGGCGACCGGCGAUGGGAGGUGUCCGUCAGGGUCGGCAGCAAGGGCGGCAUGAUCAUGGCCGGCUGGGAGGGCUUCGCCUGGGACAACGGCCUCAGGAUCUCCGACGUCUGCCUCUUCACGCCGGCAGCUGACACCGGCGGCGAGCAGGUGGUGCAAGUGCAAGUGCUCAGGGAAACGCCCUCGUCGUGA